UCAUCAACGAUACAAACUGUACACAGGUGAAUAGCUGCUCGAUCGCCAUCAGAAAAUGCUUCCAGAAUUCAUGAGUCCCUUUGAGACCCAUCAAUGCGAUCUUUUGAAAUCGAUUUGUGAUCAUCUUCUUCACGAUGAUGAUGAUGUUGUUGAGAAUGCUACAGUAUCUGUGCCGAGGAGUUCGAGCUUCAGCGAUCUUUUGCUGACGGAGGAUUGGAGUGAACUACCUCUGAGAGUCGACGACUCAGAGGAUAUGUUGGUAUAUGGCGCUUUGUGCGAUGCACUCAGUUCUGGGUGGGCGACGCCUUCGGCUUCGAAUCAAGAACUUGAUUUCGAAACCAGGACUGUUGAUAACGGCGGCAUUGGUCUGGAGGUGCAGACGAGACCGGAGAUGGUGAAGCGCGAGAUGAGAGCGCCAGUCAGGACGGUGCAUUACAGAGGAGUGAGGAGGCGGCCAUGGGGAAAAUAUGCAGCAGAGAUAAGAGACCCCAAGAAGAACGGCGCGAGGAUUUGGCUCGGGACUUACGAGCUGCCUGAGGACGCGGCAUUGGCCUAUGACCGGGCCGCUUUCAAGAUGAGAGGGUCGAAGGCCAAGCUCAACUUCCCUCACCUCAUCGGCUCGGUCGAGUAUGAGCCCGUGAGGGUCAGCCCCAAGCGUCGGUCCGCCGAGCCUAGCUCGCCGUCCAGCGAUGACGGGUUGACUGGGACGAAGAGGAGAAAGAGAGAGGUCGAUUCAGAUGCUGAGGUGUAGUUUGGAACUUCAAUCCCUUUUCCCAUUCUGGAUCUGGGCUUGUUAGGUGUGGACGAGCAAUUUUUAUUUUGAUUGUACACACUGUCUAGACAUUGUCUUCAUCAAUGAAAAGUCAAUCAGGCGAUUCUUACGUUGUGCAAA